AUGACCAAGUUCGAGUGCCCAGCAUGCAAAACACCUGCGCUAUCAUAUCAAGGAUACCGGACGCACCUUCGUCUCAGCCAGAACCCAGCUUGUCAACAGCUAUUUCAUCUUCUCCACUCCUAUGUUCCUUCAGAUUCCUCAGAUUCAGACGAGUUGACAGAACCUGAAGAUAAUCCCGACAAUGACGUCCACCCAGUCACCUUCGAAGGCGACUACUUCGGUUCCUCGUACACACCGGAAGACUUUGGACAGAGUCAAGAUGCCGAAGAAACUGUUGCAAAUUGCCAGGGAAGUUUGCCGGAUCUCAAUCUAGAUAGCGACAGCAGUGACGAGGAAGAAUACAAUACGGACAUUGAUGCAGCAGAGCAGGCAAUCCUCGAAGUUUUGCCAGAGACUUCAAGGGGUGCACCUGCUUUAACGCCAUAUCAGGACAAUGGAGAUGAGCAAAGCGGAGUUGAGGAAUUCUCGUCAAGUUCGAUUCGAAGGCAGGCGAUCGACGAAAGGUUGCGAAAUGCAAUCCAUAUCGAAAAAUUCCCCUCUGCACUUGCAGGCGCACCUAUACAUCAACGCCGUCAGGAUAACGACUUGAGAUAUCAGGCUGAUGUCUCAGAUGAAACGAACAACUUGUACGCACCUUGUUCAUCGAGGCUGGAGUGGGAGUUUGUGAGAUGGGCCAAACUACGUGGACCAGGAGCCACGGCCAUGACAGAGCUGUUGAAAAUAGACGGGUUCUCAGAACGACUCGGGCUCUCAUUCACCACUAAUAACGGCCUAAACACCCUCAUAGAUACUCUCCCUGACCGUCCUCGCUUCUGUCGUGAGGAAAUCCUCAUCGCUGGCCACUCUUUUGAGUUUUACUACCGCAAUAUUAUCGAUUGUAUCAAAGCUCUUUGGGGUGACCCAGAAUUUGCGCCAUACCUUGUCUUCGCACCCGAGCGUCAUUAUCAAGAUCGAGAAAAAGAGGUUAGAUUGUAUCAUGAGAUGCACACAGGGGAUUGGUGGUGGGAAAUACAGGAAGAAUUCGAGAAGAGUCACUCAGGCGCAACUAUCAUCCCGGUUAUAAUUUCAUCCGACAAAACACAGGUCACACUCUUUCGAAACAAGACCGCCUAUCCAGUCUACAUGACAAUCGGAAAUUUACCGAAGUUCAUACGUCGCAAACCAUCACGAUACGCCCAAAUCCUUAUUGCAUAUCUCCCCACAACAAAACUCACCCAAAUCAAAGUUAAAGCCAGCCGGCGCCGAAUCCUUGCCAAUCUUUUCCAUACGUGCAUGUCGUUUGUCAUCAAUCCACUCAUUCCUGCAGGGAAAGAUGGCAUGAAUUUAUCGAGUGGGGAUGGUGCUGUUCGACGAGGUUUCCCUAUUUUUGCAGGAUUUGUUGGUGACUACCCAGAACAGCUACUAGUUACUGCUCGUAAGAACAGUGAAUGCCCAGUUGGAGAUGCUGAGAGGGAUGAACUUGGGGAUCUUGAUAGUGAAUGCAUUCCCCGAGAUAUUGUACCUCUUCGACAGGCAUUGCGUUCGGUCAAAAACGGGUACGAUGCCUUUUACAAAGCAUGUUCUGCAGCUGGGAUCAAGCCAGUUCAGAACGUUUUUUGGCUUAACCUUCCCCACACAAAUAUCCAUUUAUGCAUCACUCCCGAUGUUCUCCACCAGCUGUUCCAAGGUACUGAGCAUGCUCAAAUAUGUCAGCUUAUGCUCGGCAUUGUUAUUGACAUGCGGCUCCCAAAUGGACUUUCAUCAGACCGUCUCAUCCAUGCUGUGCGUUCCGUUCUAGAUUUUCUAUAUUUGGCUCAAUACCCUGUUCACUCCACCGAGACUCUCAAAAGUCUAGACAACGUUCUCCAACGAUUCCAUGACAACAAGCAAAUCUUCGUUGAUUUGGGGAUUCGACAGCAUUUCAAUAUUCCGAAAAUUCACUACUGCAAACAUUACACUUCAUUUAUCAAGCGUCUCGGCACCACCGACAACUACAGCACAGAGUAUACCGAGCGGCUCCAUAUUGACACCACUAAGGAUGCGUAUGCUGCCACAAAUCGGAAAGACGAGUUUCGCCAAAUGACUGUGUGGCUCGAACGAAAGGAGAAGGUAGCACAGCAUGAUCAUUACAUACAGAGAAGGCUUGAAGGCACGACAAUUCCCUCCACAUUUGACCUCGUCAUGAUGCGACACCCACCAGUCCUUGUUCCUCAUCGUGAACUCCUCAUGUCGAAGCAUCCCUCAGUUGCCUCAGUCACUUUCAGUCGGCUGUUGUCUGCUUAUGGUACCAAAGACUUUGAGUACUGCUUGACUGAGUAUGUUGUGAAAGCGCAGGCACCUGAUCAUCAUUUCACUGCAGCUUCCCUUCGGGUUGCCAUUGAUAGAAUUGGGUUCGUCCCGUUCUACAAGGUAGCCGUCUAUCAUCGAAUCAAGUUCACCGAACAUGAUCCUUAUAGUACUACACGGAGUACCGAGUUUGUUGCGGAUGCUAUUCAUGUGGAACCUGAACGAAAGGAUAAAUAUGGACGACCUGUUCCUGGGCGAUUCGAUACAGUGCUCAUCAAGGUGAAUAGUAAUAAUGAUUUCAGUGGGGUGAAAGGCUAUCGGGUUGGUCAGGUCCGAUGUGUUUUCACACUACCAAAGGCUGCUCUGAAGGAAUGGUUUCCGUUACCACAUGUACAACCAGCAAAGUACUUGGUGUACAUUGAUUGGUUUACGCAGUUCAAGCAUGGGCCAGAGCCAAAUCACCUUAUGUACAAGGUGUGUCAUGCAUUCCGACCUGGUGAAGACGCCCGUCUUGCCAGUGUGGUUCCUGUAGAAAAUAUUCAUCAAAGUGUCCAUCUUUACCCAAAGUUUGGGCCAGUCGCACCUCAGGAAUGGAAAUCAAGUAAUGUACUGGACUAUUGUGAUACUUUUUUCCUCAACGACUUCCUUGAUCGUUCUACUUAUGCUACUGUGUACUAAUACUCAAUACUAUUGGUGUUUCUUAUUGUACCUGUGAGAGAAAUGAAAAGGGUUACUCCAAAAAGAUUCUAAUUUGUACAAAUUGGUCCCAAUUUUUUUCUGAGGGUCUAGACAGCAUCCUAAUUUGAACAAAUUUGUGCCAAGCAGACAAAAUAGUGCAGAUUAUCAAGGUUAGUCAAAUCCGUACAAAUUUGAACCAAUUAGCAUUUCGGGUUUUUCCUGAUGCAACGAGGGAACACCGCGGUCGUCAUUACUGACAGUGUUACCGGGCGUGCGUACACCGGGUGUAGGUGCACGACUAGCAGACGGGAUAGUAACGAAGGACUCACCAUUACUGUCGAGCUGUCCAGAGCUCGAAGUAUUGUUAACAGCGGUUGGGGCCGUUUGGGCAACACUGCCGCUUCGAAGAUUAUAGCGAACAGACAUAUUUUUCGAGAGAGCAGAGAGAAACCGUGUGCCGGAGGUGGGAGCUUCGGGUUGAUCAGACCAGAGAGAAAUCCAAGCCGCCGACGACGUUGAGAGAGAGAGAGAGGAGAGAGAAGCUAGUAGAGUGGUGUUGAGAGUUCAAAAUAUGUGGGGGCAGCGUCGUGAAACGGUGACCACACACGAGAGAGAAGAAGAGCCGCUCGAGAGAACUGAGAUAACC